AUGAAAUUCCAAGUCAAUUGCUAUGUGGAGUCCUGUGACAUCUGCCAAAGAAGCAAGGGGCAUGUGCACAGCUAUGCUUUCAACCCGCUUUCUGUCCCUGCAGGUCCCUGGGAAGACAUCUCAUAUGAUUUCAUUGUCAAGUUUCCCAGGUGUAAGGGAUAUGAAAGUGUUCUGCUGGUUGUAGACCGCUUCUUAACAAUGAUGUACUUGAUUCCCUGCAAGGAGGCUGCUACUGCUGAGGAUGUAGCUCAGAUGUUUGUGGAGCCUAUUUGGAAGCUGUAUGGGACUCCCAAGUGCACUGCGUCAGACAGAGGCACUACAUUCAACUCCAAGUUGCUCAAGGCACUCUGCAAAUUGCAAAUCAACCCCAGCUUCUCUACUGCUCACUAUUCGAAGUUGGAUACACAGACUGAAAUCAAGAACCAAUGA